ACCCAAUCGAAAUCAACGGAUACUCUUUGAUUGGAGACGCUUGAAAGGCAUUUUGAAUCGCUUUAGCACAUUUUGUUGUUGGACGUCAUGGUGUUCUUCGUGUGCGAGGGUUGCAAUGAGACGCUGAAGAAGAACAAGGUGGAUGCGCACGCGGGACGCUGUCGUAAUUGCUGGGCCGUGAGCUGUGUGGACUGCAGCGUCGUGUUCGAAGGCAACGACUACGCGGCUCACACGAGCUGCAUUUCGGAGGCCGAAAAAUACGAGAAGAGUUUGUUCCAGGGCGACAAGAACAAAAGCAAGAACGGUAAGAAGCAGACGCCACAGGAGCGAUGGGUGGAUGUGGUGCAGUCUGCUACUUGCCCCGAGGACCGCAAGGUGCAGGACGUGCUCACGCGCAUCGCAGGCUACGACAACGUACCUCGCAAGAAGAACAAGUUUGUCAACUUCGUCACGAAUAGUCUGGCGCUGCGCGACACGGUGCUUGUAGAGAAGGCUUGGACCAUCUAUGAGACGGCCUUCAAGGCCUCAGCCCCUGAAGCCAAUGAGGUGGCACCCGUGGAGGAGACUGCCAGCAAGAAGCGGCCAGCAGAGACGGAGAUGGAGGAAACUACAACUAAAAAGAGUAAGACUGAGGACAAACCUGUUAAGUGGAGCAAGUUGAUCAAGUCUGCACUCAAAAAUGCUGGCAAGGAACUGGAGAUGGAUGCGUUGCGUGAGCAGGUGCUCAAGCAGAUCCAGGAAAAGAAGCUGUCGACGAAGAGUGAGAAGGAGCUCAAGAAGGAGUUUAAGGCUUCCAUCAAAGAGAGCGAUAAGUUUGCGGUGGUUGAAGUCGUGCGUCUGAAGUGAUGAUAGAGAACAGAUAGACCACAUGUGUAGACUCUAAGAGGAUGCAAUAGAUAGGCAUUGUCUUCUAGGUUCAUGUCCGACUGUUUUGACCUCCUGAAGCGUGGUGGGGUAGACAGAACCCCUGCAAGAAACGUCUUAGCAGUAAGCUAGCGUCUCAAUCGCAGACAUGGUUGCGUGGAUGAAUUGAAUA